AUGGCGAUUUCGGCCAGACCAGACCACUUCUUUCAAACAGACUCCUCACUCGAUGGAAUAAAUCGCAAAGCGCGCAAAUCCUACAAUAUUUCGGGCAAUCCAAUCAAGCUCCCUUCCAAGUUACUUGCUAUUAUCCCAGGUCCAGCUCAACCUGGAGCAGUAUAUGUCACCGAAAGUGCCGCAACAGUCAAAAGGGUCCAGCUUGAUACGCGGGAGGUCACACAUACCUAUAGAGGCCCCAGUGCCCCCUUGACAAGCCUUUGCUUGUCUGCAGAUGGAACCAAACUCUAUGCAGGUUGCUGGGAUAAGUUGAUCUGGAGCUGGGAUGUUCUGUCGUGUACGCCGAGUUUAAAGUAUCAAGGGCACACAGAUUUCGUGAAAUCAGUCAUAUUCUUGAAGACAAGGGCAGGUCAAGAUAUCCUCGUAUCAGGAGGAGCAGAAGGUGAUGUUGUGAUCUGGAAUCCAGAGACUGGUCAGCGUCUCGUGGUGCUUAAAGGUGGAAGCCAUGCUAUCCAGGGUUUGGCCGUCGACCCCUUAGAGGAAGACCUUAGGCUAUUCACAGCCUUCAGCGAUCCAGGGAUCAGGCAUUUCACAAUCUCAAGUCUCGAAAAUAUUCGAAACCUCAGUUUCUCACCUUCGAUAUCAGCCCACGAUACAAGUGUCUACAAGCUUUACUUCGACUUCGAUGGCGAUCUCUGGACUGCCUCAGCAGACAAGACUGCCAAACAUCUCGUUCGAGCCCACAGUUGGAGAGCCGAUACCACCCUUGCACAUCCGGACUUUGUCCGCGAUGUUGUGGUCCACGAACGCUACGGGUGGGUAAUAACAGCCUGUCGCGAUGAAGAAGUCCGAAUUUGGAACCUCGCUACCGGAGAACUACACCAUACGUAUUCUGGCCAUUUUGAGGAAGUCACAGGGCUCUGUCUAGUGGGAGAUAAAGUAGUGAGUAUCAGCAUUGACGGAACGAUUCGACAGUGGUCACUCCAGCCAAAGGACCUGCACAAAGCAAAGGAAGAGUCAGCCAAUCCGGACAAAGCUGCAGGAGAAAGCACGCAGAUGAAGAUAGAUGACCCAUCUGCAUUGACGGAAGAGGAACAAAGGGAACUGGAUGAACUGAUGGCGAAUGAAGAGCAGGAGCUACUCGACCGUAUGGCAGCCGGCGAACAAUGA